UUGAAAGCCCUAGUCCCCAAAUUCCAGAUUUCUCCGUUUGGAACCCAACAGUUCGAAUCUUCGUCUUCUCCGAUCUCCAUUUCUUGUUUGUUUACUGCAUUUGAAAUCCCUUGUUUGGCUGGAUUCAUGGCCGAACCCCUCACUCCAAACCCUAAGCAAAGCUUGGGUUCGACGGCAAGUCGAAUCCAGCCUCCGAGAAGUCCCUUCUUCUUGGGGUCUAAUGACGAUAAGUUCGAGAGGGAACAGGCACGCGCCUCCAGAGCCGCUGCUAGCCGCCGUAAGUCCGUCGCUUUCGCUUGCGCUCCGCCGCCGCCGCCGCCGGUGAAGGAUCCCGAUCCAUGCUUGGACGAACACCACAUCCUCGAGUUGCUCCAGAACUGUAUCAAAUUGGCCAGCGAAAACGUCGGUACUUGCAUUAAAAUCAAUCAAAAAAAUACGUGGGAGCUGAAUCUGAUCGACCAUCUCUGUGAGGUUAUUAAGGUUGAAGAGAACAAUUCCGAAACAAACUUUCAAAAGGCAAGUUGCACUCUUGAAGCUGGAGUUAAGAUUUACUCAUUGAGGGUAGACUCAGUUCAUUCUGAGGCAUAUAAGGUCCUCGGCGGAAUUAAUAGAGCUGGCCAGGAUGAUAGUGAAGAUACCAUAGUGGGCGCUGAUGGAAGUUCCGUAGAUAAUGAAAGUAACCCAAAGAAACAAACAGAGAAAAAGAUAUCGCCUUUAUCAACGCUAGAACCUUCUUUUGAGGCUCUUAACGUAAAAAGGUUUGAUGUGGCAUUUGCUGUGGAUCCACUUUAUCACCAGACAUCAGCACAGUUUGAUGAAGGUAGAGCAAAGGGUUUGUUGCUGAACAAUUUGGGAGUCUAUGGUGGGUGCCAAGUGCUUUUUGAUUCACAAGAAAUCCCUGGAAAGCUUGUUUCAUCUGCAAAUCAGCCUGAUAAAUCAGAACCGAUUGACUUGUCUUUUGCCAGAGAAUAUGUGCAACAAAUGGUGCUAAACAUGCGAAUGAAGGAUGAGAUUUCACCAUCCCUUUGGACUAUAAUCAAUCAAUUUGAUGAUGAGGCAUUUUCUUGUGGUCAGAAAUUGAGUGAACCGGUUGAUGUUUCACAAAAUAAAACGAGUUAUGCAGCCGAUGAUGAGGCAUAUGAGAACUUUGAAUUCUAUUCUUUUGAUCAUGAGGAUCAACCAAGCAUCGCUGAGGAAAAUCUUGAUUUCAAUGAUGCAGAGCCAACACAUUCAAAUUAUCAUGAGGAAGUCAAACCGUCAUCAUUCCAAGAGCCAGAUUUAGGAGAAAGAUUUGAGAAUGUUGAUGAAUAUCUGUUUUUGUCUUUGGGAUUAUCGUCGAAACAAAAUUCAUGGGCAGGUCCUGAUCAUUGGAAAUUUCGAAAAACUAAAGGUCCAGAGGAUCACGCUGCUUCAGAAAAUGGAUCUCCAGAGCCAGCAAAGAAACCGAGGAGGAAAAAGCAAGCAGAACCUGAACUAGAUUUUACAAAAGCUUUGGAUGAAGAAAGGUCUGAUAUUUUUGUGCCUCCAAUAGACCCAAAGUCAUUGCUUCUGCCCGAAAAUAGAGCACCUUGCCAGACCAAGCUUCCCGAAGAUUGCCAUUAUCAACCCGAGAAUCUCGUUAAACUAUUUCUACUUCCAAAUGUGAUGUGCCUUGGGAGGAGGAGAAGAAAAUUCUCAGGUGAAACGAGACAGCAGUAUGAUGAUUACGAACCUGUAGAAUCCUUGGACAAUGAAAAUGCAUUUGAUGCCUCGUUUGAUGAUCCGUUUGGUUAUGGAAAUGAUCAAAGUGAUUUGGAGGAUGCCAACUCAUUAGUCUCUCGGCCACGCCAGGUCAACAAAAUUGAGGUCCAAUAUGAUAAAACUUCAAAACAAGUUGAUGUGCAAGUACUCAAGGAUACUCUUUGGGAUUGUAUCCAAGAAUCUCCCGGACUGCAUAUUCGUUAUGAGGAUCAGGAACAACAGCAGAAAACUAGGUCUUUCAAGCAACUAUUGGGGAGCUUCCCGAGUGAAUGUAAAGCAGCCAGGAGCACCCGAGACAUCUCGCCUCAUCUUUGUUUCAUUUGUUUGCUCCAUUUGGCCAACGAGAACGGUCUCAUCCUUCAUGGCACUGGCACUCCCAACUUGGAUGAUCUUUCUAUAAAUCUGCCUCCAUGAAAAAUUGAAGAAACCAUGAAAAGAAAAGGAGCUGAUUCAAGAAUUCUCUGCUGAUUAAGUUUGGUGUUCGGUGAAUUCAAACUGCAAUCUGGUAAUGGCUCAAUCUUAGAUUGAUUUGGUUUAGAAAUUAUAUGUUUUUAGCAAACAUUUG